GCAAAAUUGAUGCAAAGCACUGCAUGCCGGGAAGUGCGUUUUGAAAAUAUUGUUGCGAAGUGCCUGCGUUGUCUUCUGCUAUGGGCAAAGCCGGAGACUGAAGAAGCUCAUCACAGUCAAUGGCGCCUCCAUGUCAUGCUGCAUCGAGAGCCAAUCAAACAGAUAUAUCAUGGAUAGUGCUCAAAAAGAAGCUGGUGUAACGAGCCAACCUCACUUCAAUGGUCAGGAGAUGUCGUAUUACCAAAGUUCCCGGGAAGAUUCGCAGAGAAGGCAUCAGGACUCUCCUCUGCAACUUCCCAACCAAGUGCCUGUCCCUCAGAUGGACACCCCUCCUUGUGAUUCAGGGAAAUCAUCCCAAGUCAGCUCCAGUGAGGGAAACCAGUGCUCAACUGCGAAUCGAGUUGACAGUGAGAUGCAAAACGACGAAAAAAGAAGUGAUUUCUUUGUCGGCCAGAAUAAUGGCGGGGCAUGGGACCCGAGGAAUGGGGCGGAGCCUCGGGAGGCAGCUAGGGCACCCAACUGCACCGCCAACACUCAGUCGUCCUCCAUGACCUCUAGGCUCAGGGUUGCCCAGUCCAAAGGUGCGGAGGAUUCUCAACAGCAGCCAUGGCACACUGGCAGCACCACUACCAACCCUGGUGAGGAAGGAGGGAGUUUGCUGCCUCCCUCGUCCACAUCCUCUGGGGUCCGCUGGGAUGUCCCCCAGCAGCACCCCGUUCAGUCUGUGAUACAACGCUCAACCAGCGGCCUGGCAGCCAUGCAGCAGCAGCAGGGUAGCGGCAAUCCCACUCAUCCCACUCAGUGUUCUUCCGUGCCUACCCACGGCAGCAAUAGUCACCAGUCUCCUGGGGCCAACCAGCCUUCUUCUCUUCUUGCCAUGCAACAACCCGGUGCUCAGCACAGCAACAUUCCUGAGGCGUGCCGACGCCAUUCCUGGCAGACGACCAGCGAAGACGACGGCCACUCUUCCUCCGACCACCUCUUGGGAGCCGUGGGGGGUCGGGAGGAACCCCCCUCAAGCAGCGGAGCUCGCACCACUCCGCGUGCCCCACCUCUACGAUUGGGUCUACUAGGUGGCGGGGAAAGCUCUUUGAACAACGGCGGUUCCGGUUGGGGAGCCCCACCCCCAGGGGGACCCGCUUCUGGCUGGGGUUCCGGGGCUUCGGCGGGGGGCACAGCUCAGUGGGGCAGCGCUCCCGGUGGUCCUGGCCGGCCUGGCGCACAAGGUCAACCCGGUGACUACAAUGUACAGGGGGAAGGCAGUACAGGACUGUCCCCACCUAAACAAGGUCAACAGCACAAUAGUUGGGCACAAGCGGCAGGCAAAGGCUUGCUGCCCAACCAGCAAGGCCCACAGGGCAGCAACAGUGGCACAAACGGCGACCAAGCUUCUUCCACUUCAUCCGCAUCGUCGUCUUCGUCGUCCGCUGUGCAGCAGCCGGGAGGCUUGAAGCCCGUCGUGCGGGAGGAGCCCAUCUCGGAACUCAGGCGUGCUGCAGCAUACAGUGAGGGAUGGGGGCAAACGACAAUCAACCAAGAGUCGGCGUGGGAUGCUCCCCCUUCUCCUCAGCCCAACCCCAAAGACAUGCCGGCGUGCCCCGGCCCCAUGUGGCGAGCGCCAGCCAACACGGGCACGGAGAUCUGGGAGAGCAGCAUGCGCAGCCGCGGCAAGGCAGGUGGCGCUGCUGGAGCACAACAGGGGGGAGGGGGAGGUUCCUCCUUUUAUCAGGGAGAAGAGAACACGCAGCAACAGGUGUGGGCGCCCCAGAUGCACAUUGGGGGCACCUGGGGGGAGGACGACGACGAGAUGUCUUCCGCCAACUUGUGGACGGGUACGCCCGCGCAGAGCGGAGGUGGAAACGGCGGACAGGGUGGACCCAGCAACCACAUGGGCGAAGGACAGUCCUGGGGCCACCACGGCGGAGGGGAGAAGCACUGGGGGGGCGGGGGGCCACCGCCACCACCUCCGCCGAAGUCUGCAAACUGGGGAGGGGACGAUCAUGGGGGAGUGCCAGACAAUGGCACAUCGGUGUGGGGAGGAGGCAACAGUGGGCCUCCAAAAAAUGGUCCCAGCAUGCCUUCAGGGAUGCCUUCGGGUAUGCCUGGAGGUCCGCAGGGACCCCCUCCGGGACCGCCUGGGAAUGCUUCUUGGUCGGCACCUGUGGGAGGACCACCCAAGCGCGGGCCAGACCCCUCGACGGGCUGGGAAGAGCCAUCGCCCCCGGCGUCACGGAGACCCAACUUUGACGACGGGACGGCGGUGUGGGGAAAUCCCACACGCCAGGGGAAAGUGUCCCACUGGAAGGACAUGCCCUCGGUGAGGCAUCAGCACGAGGGAAAGGCAAUCAGCGGAGGUGGUCCUCCACCAGGAAUGCUCAGGGUACCCAAAGAAGGUGGAUGGGGCAACAAGCCCGGAGGACGGGCCAACUGGGGUGGAGGCGAGAACUGGGGCGAAGACAAAGGGAGCUGGGGGGAACCCACCAGCCCUAUGGGGGCUCCAGGGUACUGGGGAGCCAAACCCAAGGGUCCACCCAACUGGGCCGACGGCCAAAUUGACACCAGUACGUGGGGAGGCCCUGCAAAGCAGCAUGGCUGUUGUUUUCAGGCUGGCAAGCCCCUCACGAAGGAUCUCAUUUGCGCAAGCAAGCAGUUCCGGCUUCUUACUGAAAUGGGAUAUAAGAAGGAAGAUGUGGAAAAUGCUCUGCGCUGCAAUAGCAUGAACCUUGAAGAUACUCUCAUGGACCUGCAAGCAAUGAGCCGCAACGACGCGAUGGAUGGAGAGUUCCUCCGCAGUGGCCCCAAGGGGAUGCGGGGGGACGACUCCGGGGACCAGCACGGUAGCGGAGGACCUAUGGAGGGGGGUCCCCCGUACGCGGCGCCCGCAGGGGGCUUCCACGGCUCCCCCUCGGGAGGAUUUCAGGGCCUGCCCAUUUUUGGGGCGGGCUACGGUGCAGCACAGGGCUUCAAGCCACCGGUCAAGGGCUCGGGCCUGAACGGCAAUACAGCAACUAGUCUACUUAGUGGUGCGGGGAUGGGUGGCGCUUCGGCCGGCGGCCAGAACUCUAGUCUGUCGAACGGUAUUAGCAGCUUGAGCCCCGCUCUGGUGCACAAGAUACUGCAGCAACAGCAGGUCCAGCCCCCACCUUUUGGCCCCCCCGCCGCAAAUGCAGCCCCUAACCCCAUGGGGAGUCAGGUGGGGGGCCGCUUGGGUCAACCCAAUGUCCCUUCUGCAGCGCAGCUGCGACUCCUGGUGCAGCAGAUUCAGAUGGCGGUGCAUGCGGGCCACCUGAACCCACAGAUCUUGAACCAGCCGCUGGCUCCUCAGACGCUGCAGCUUCUCUACCAGCUGCUGCAGCAAAUCAAGGUGUUGCAUGCCCUGCAGCAGCAGCAGCAGGUGCUCCACACCAAGGGGGGGCAGCCCCCGCUCCAGCUCAACGUCCAGCUGACCCAGACUAAGCAACGCAUCGUCAAUCUGCAGAACCAGAUAGCCGCCCAGCAGGCCCUCUUUCUCAAGCAGCAGGUCCAACCCCCACCUCAACCCCCAUCCAACAUGGAACAGCCCCCGCCACCCCCGUUCCUCGCCACCAAGCCGCCAAACGAUCCCUCGGGGCUGCACACAGACUUCCGUGACCUGAGCCUCAAGGACAACUCUGCAUCACAGUCGCGCCUCAACCAGUGGAAACUCCCCACGGCUGUUGCACCACCCCCCAGCUUCGAGGAAGAGCCAAAGAAUUCUCAGCCCCAGCAAAACGGGGAGUUCAGUCGCGCCCCGGGGCCAGCCUCCAAGGCGGGACCCAACGGGGGAGGGUCGUCGGGACUCCACCCGCUCUUGGGGCACAACGACGGACCCUGGUCAACGAGGGCUCAGGACAGUUGGCCCGAUGCCACCUCGACGACCACCACCACGAGCAGCGUGACGUCGGAUGGGAAGGAUAACGGGAGCUACAGCCUCACCGACCUCGUGGCGGAAUUUGAGCCUGGCAAGCCGUGGAAGGGGACAUCAACGAUGAAGAGUGCGGAAGAUGACCCUCAUCUGACACCAGGCAGCGUGGUGCGGUCCCCACUGUCGCUGAACACAAUCAAGGACACCGAGCUGUUUGGAGGGUGGAAGCACAACUCUCCCGGAGGAGGGGCCGCAAACGAAGGUUCACUGGCGGCAUCUCUGGCUUCGCUGACAUCGAGCACUUGGGCGUUCACACCAGCGAUGCACGGAAACAGCAGCUCCUCCAUGAACAAGCAAGGGUCUAAGUCCAGCUGGGGAUCCAUUGGUUCCGAGCACCAACAGCACCAGCACGUGCAGCAUCAAAAUUCUGAUCCAUGGGGCGCCCCACACAAGAACACCAGGGGCCCUCCGCCUGGAAUUCCGUCGUCUUCGCAAGGUAUGUUCUGUCCCUCUUUUAGCGCUGUGCUCUUACUCCCCAGUAAAGGAAACCCCUCCUCACCAGUAUGUGCUUGUCCUUCUCCAGGUUGGGACCAGAAUAGCUGCACUUUCCUCGUGCUGAAGAAUCUGACUCCACAGAUUGAUGGGUCGACCCUGAAAACUCUGUGCAUGCAGCACGGUCCUCUGCAGCUGUUCCACUUAUUCCUCAAGCACGGGUUAGCUUUGGCGCAAUACUCAUCCCGGGAGGAAGCGGCCAAGGCCCAGUCAGCCCUGCACAACUGCGUCCUGUCCAACACCACCAUGCUGGCCUACAUACCCACCGAGGCGGAGGUUGCCCAAUUUCUUCAGCUGGCCAACAGCAGUGCUCCGCACACGUGGCCCGCUGCCUCUUCCUACGCUCCGCCCCGUCCCCAGGCCCCGCCCCCGGUCUCGUCCACGGCAGCUCCCUCCUUUGCGCCGACGCGUCCCAAGCCGGCGGACGCCCCCUGGAACCUUGGAGGUAGCUCUCACCUGUGGUCCUUCCCCGGCGGAGGGGGCGGGCUCUGGGCCGCCCCGCCCCUGUCGGGGGUGGGACCCGGUUCGUCGGACCAUGACCACCCGUCGUCGUCUCUCCACUCGUUCCUACCUGGUGACCUGCUUAGCGGAGAAUCAAUGUAAAAAAUGCGGACGGAGUGGCGGUGAGUUGUUGUGAGGGAGAGCAGCUAGGGGGGAGUGGGCGGACCUUAGUGUAAGCCGCCGCCUUUUUCCACUGGGAUGUGGCGCAGCUUGGUGAUACACGACCUCUCUCCCCCCUCUCGGCUCGCUGCAUUUCGAUUGUGCAGUCUCUGCUCUGCCAUUCCCCCCCACCCCCCGAUGUUCAAAAUGUGUGAGGAUGUCGAGAGCUCUGCCCCUCGCACCACAAGAGGGCACGGGGCCCUUGCUGCAUUUCUUUUCUCGCCUUUCUUUUUUUUUUUUUUCCUUUACGGUGAUGAUUCUUCUUCCCCGUCGCUGGUGGUGUAUCUCUGUUUAGCCAAAGUGCGUACAAGAUUGAAUGGUGCCGUUAAAAUGGUCGUUGCCGUGCUCUGCAGAGGAGCUGCCGGGAACAGUCGAGAGGACAAACAGGACUCUGCUUUAGAGCAAAGACUUUUUUGUGGUGUGGCAAGUAGUGCCCCCCUCUUACAAGUGUGAUACUUCGUUUACUUGAUUUGUUUCCUUUUUUUAAGAUUGCUAUAGUGAUGACAUUUCACGAAACAAAGAAAAUAAUCGAAAAAGACAAAAAAAAAAAAGAGUUAGACAAAGGCAAGGCCUCCUGGUGGGCCGAAAGACGUGCCCAUGAGAGUGCCCGUUUGUUGCUCUGUUUGCGUGUGUGUGUGGUUGAGAGAAACGAAAAAGUUUUUCGCUUGCGUGUCUGAGAGAAACGUGUGCACGUCCAAUAGUGUCUGUGUGUUAGUGUGCGUGUAAAUAUGUGUGUUGUAAAACAAUACUUGGGGGAGAGAUUAUGCACGACAUGCAUUCCUGCCAACUCCCCAGUGUCGGCUUUUUUCCGAGUUAGUCGGCGACUUGGUCGCAAAAAGAAUCUGGUGGAACGAGGUGUUUUUAUUUGUUUUUUUGUUCCCUGAUGGAGAUUGACGCUUUUAAAAGUCCCGUAUUGUUUCCUUUUCGUUGUCAGGUGUAUAGUUUUUUUUUUUUUAUGAUUUCCCAAAGUUUUUAGUCUUAAUAACAAAAGUGGGGGGUGCAACGCUCUUUCCAGUGCCCCUCCCGUGUUUUUUAAAUUCAGAAUAUUAUUACGACUUCGUUCCUUGUUGUGGCAGAGAUCUCGCAGCUUCCUCGUUUUUCGUCUUCUCUACCCUCCAGUAUUUGAUGAUGAUGAUGAUGAAAACAUACAAGUGCCAGUCAAAGAAAGAGCCUUAUUAUAUUAUAUAUAUAUAUAUUUAGAAAAAUGCACAAAAAAGAAAAAAAAAAAGAACGGAAGGGCGGUGUCGGGGCUUGGACCUCAGUGUUAUAAUGAAAAAAAGGUAACCGUUUGUGUGUGUGUGCAUGCGUGUGCACGUGUGUUUAGUUUUAGAGUUAGUCCAUCAUCCCCCUGGCGAGUCCCCAUCCCCAGCAGUCCCCCGUCUGUCCCGCCCCCGAGAAGAUAACUUCCCUGGAUGUCUGCCAUAUCAAGUGCAAAAAAAAAAAAAAGUGAAUAAUGUUGGUACAAAUAACGCGAGGGAUUUCUCCUUGCCUCGUCCCGGGCUCUCCCUCGCUCCCUUACCUCUGCGGGAAAAAAAAAGUGGGAUUCGUGGAAAGAUUGUUUGCGGACUGCGGCCAGUUUGCAUUUUUUGCCCCCCCCCCCCCCCCCCCCUCAGAGUGCACAUAUCGCGUCGUCGCUGCUGCAAUAAAAGCGUCUCGCUGACAGCGACAGACUGUCCCCGCCUUGUUCCUAAGUACGUCGCCACUCUCGAAUUGCAGCAAUCAAACCACUCCGUUUGGGAUACCCCUGCUUUGCGGAAGGGAAAAAAGGGAGGGGAAAGCACGGACUUUGCAAAGAGCAACUUCCCCUCUACCCCCAUCUAGUGACAAAUGUUGAAAGCGCUCCGUGCACUACUACUGUUUUACGAUGAACACUCAUAUUUUGCGGAAUCUAUGCAGCGUGAAUGCGGUACUGUGCGUGCGUGCGUGUGACGGUGGUAUGCGUGCAAUAUUUCGUCCCCCCCACUCUGCCGCCAUUGCUCCCGCGGAGGGGGCGACGGGACCCGGGCCGAGGGGGGGUCGGAGCACAAUCUUUUCGUCUUCUCAAGCAGCUCACACCGACUCCGGUUGAAAUAUCCCCCUCCUCAGUUUGGGAGGAAGGAGAAAUAAUCUUUCGUAUUACUGUAAUGUCGUCUCACGUGCACCUGUAGCGGAGACAUUUUGUGUGUGUCGUCGGAUUUGAACCAAAGCGUACUGUGUUAGUACUUAAAAAGGGUGUCGGUUGUAUCUUGCCUCGAGAUUUUCAGUCAAUGGUCCAAAGAUUGUUGUUGUAAGGCUGACGAUCAAAGCUCUCGGUGCUGGUGACGUCGCCAGCACUGUUGCCCUGGCAUCUGGAACGUUUAUUUUUCUGCAACUGGACUUUGUGUGCGUAGGUUCACCAGUGCCCCUCAGGGUGAAGUUGAAACGCGGCAGAGAUCGCUAGGUGCGAGAGUUUUUUCGGUGCCAUUUCAUUUACAGUGUGCAAAGUCAUCAACGAAGAGUUUUCGAAACGAAAUCAGUUGAGGCCAAAAACGAAGGGAGAAACCUGAGCACGUCACACUGCCGGUGACGGCGGCAGAGCUGUCUUUCUGCCGGAGAGGCACGAGACUAGUUUCUUUUUUUUUCUUUUUUCAUAAAUCGACUUGCACACUUUCCUCCAAAGAGCACACAUUCUCAACGGCUGUUACGGAGCGAGUAUAAAAACGGUGUCUCAUCGCGGCGUAGUCGUCUGCUGAGCCAACGCGAUGCCGGCGGAGACCGUCACCAAAGGAGCUCAUCUUGUAGCGUGGGAACACGGGAACAGUGGUUACAUUUCAUGGCCCAUUUUCGGCGGCCGUCCACAGCUCAGACUCAUAUCGUGCAUCGCUGCUGCUGCUGCCGCCCCCGCUUUUUAGCCCCCAAACCCAUCCACAUCAUGCGCUUUGUAUCUUCCAAUCCGAAUGGACGAACUCAUGGUGCUAGUGCUUUAAACUAGGAAAGGCUGUAGUGCAAAAAAAAAAAAAAAAGCGUGCGUGCGUGUUCCCGCUCAGCAGUCGUUAACGUAGUUGGAUUGCGAUUGGAUAACGUUGUGUCUACGGAGCAGCGUACGAAAGCAACACACACACGGAAGCCUGCACUCGGCCACUACAGGGUGUUCGGUUUCACGUAUCUCUAUCUAUCUAUCUCUCUCUCUCGCAUUUUGGCCACGACAGUUCUCCGCCACGAGGAGUGCGUCGCCGCUCCCAGCCUUUGCAAUCUUCUGCCUCUGUCUCACCACUUACAAAUUCGUGGACCAAGGAAAUUGGUGGAUGCUUGCAUUUUGAUGGCCCAGAAAACGCUCAAAGGGGUGACACUACUUCCGCGAGACCCUCCCGUCCUUGGGAAGGCUCAAGCGUUCUCGCCUCCUCACCGCUUGCGGAUCUAUUAAUCGAAGACGAUGAUGGUGAUGAUAAAAAAAAAAAAAAGAAUCCUCUGUAAUUGCAAAGAGUCAAAGUAAAGAAUUUAAAAAAAAAAAAACUUGUGCCCAACCAUCUAGCGUUUACGGAGGACAAAUCAAAUCUCCCUCAGCCAAAGCCCGUAACUUGCAAGGGGGAAAAGAGGGAGGUGGGAGACGAUGGAGGCCCCUCCGCGGGCUGUUUUAUCUCCUCCUCCUCCGCCGUCGUCUUUCGGUCGGGAAGACUGGUGCGUGCGUGAAAGCGAAAUCUGGUGCCACAUUGGACCGCGUUGUCAGUUGUUGAUGAUGAUGAUGUGUCUCCCUCCUGUGACCGUAGCAAAUAAAACAGGUGGGAGAGCAUUUCUGUGUUGUGUAUGACAUUGUAAAACAAAUAAGUGUGGAAGGGCUAACUCCUCUUCCUCUUACAUUGAGAUUAGCGUGAUUAUACAUAUACAUGCAUAUAUACAUAUUUUGUCCGUUCUAACCACACACCCCUCACGACGUAUCUGUCAACCCGCGUCGCACUCGUUUCAAUUAUUUUGUUCUCGGCGGCAUGUUUCAACGGGCCGGGGGUGCUUAAGGAGAAAGAUGUCUCGUCCCCCCCAUCCCGAAACCUUGCCCCCUCCCCCUUUACGUAACUAAGUCACUGGCUUUUUUGGGAAAGCUCAAGGUUAUUCUUUGUUCAAUGUAAAUUUGGGCUCACGUUGUGAUACAUUCCCCCCCCCCCCCCCCCUCCCGACGUCUUAAUUUAUCCACAGGCAUUUCGCCAAGCUCGCAACGGCCUGCCUUAAUUUCGUAUAGACGGUGUUGUUCGUAAGAUAUCUAAUAUGCACCUGUGCCAAAACUGUAAGCCACACACAAUGUGUAGUUUUUUUAGUGGUAGCUUAAAGAAAAAGGAAGGGUAAAAAAAAAAAAAACACGUAGGUGAUAAAUGCUCUCGUCACCAGCGCUGUCGAGUCGUCCCGGCUGUUUGUGCAAUUUUUUUUUUUUUUUUCCUCUCUCUCUCUCGUCCUGAAUAUGCUGCGAACGAUCAUACAGUUACCUGGCGGCUAUGGUUUUUGUGAUAACACCGCUGUGUCGCGGGGCACGUCGCUGACCGUGCCCCGCUGCCUUCCGUUUCUUCGCCUCUCUGUCCCCCCCCCCCCAAAUCCCUCCGAUCACAACAGUUCCCUUGGACUGCCAGUCCGGUCGAGCGUGGCUGUUUUUCUCUGCCUGCUAGUAACGGAGCAACAAAAUAAAAAAAAAUAAAAAAUCACUUAAACCUACGGAAACAAGAUAUUUGUACAUAGAGAUUUUAUAAUAGUCACACACAAACACACCAUGUACCUACACAGAGUGAUAUCUAAUCUAUAGAGGAAGAGAGAUCUUAGAGAUGAGAGCAGAAAAAAAAAAUGAAUCUGUGUCUGUGCUUUAUCAUUUCGGCUGCCACACCAUUUUGUUUGAAUUAUUACUAUUAUUGCAAAGUGUUUUAACCUCUGCAGUCUGAUGUUGUGCAUAGUAGAUUGUGCUAUAAUUAAUGAUAACAGUGUAGUGCAGUGUUGAUUCCUUGAGGGAUUUCUCUCGUAUUUUUUGGUGGCGGGAUUUUUUUUUGACAGGGUGAAGGGUACUGAACGAAUUUACUUGUACAGUGGAAAAGUUCCUCAGUGUCAUCUGUUCUUUUUAAUUCCACGUCGGAGUUGUUGCAUUCUCGAUAAGAGGGGGAAAAAAAAACUGUCUUCUGAGAUGCCAGUUUUUUUAUCAUCACUGACGGGUGAACACACGUCCUGUUCUUUCCAUGUGAAUGGCUAUGCUCCAUCGUGUGUGUUAAUGCUCAAAGUUUUGCAUAGCUAAACAAAAUGGAGGCCUCCCAAUUUUUUUUUUCUCUCUCUCUCCGUUUGAAGCGAGUGAAGCAAUGCACAGUUGAUGUAUUUUCCGUCGGCAAGGAUCUUCCUUCCUUGGCAUAAGUACCCACAGUCCAAAUGUGAUGCCGCCGGACUUUUUGGUGUGCGACAGUUUUUUGCCAUUCCUAGAAGAAGCUCCUCUUUUUUGUGCGUGCAUGUCCUCGGUCUGCCGGACUGUGAUUUUUAACUGUCCUCGUCGGUAGCUGUCUGUAAAUCGUGCGUGUGUAGUCUUGAAAAGAUUUGAAACGUGAGGAAAAGUAACGUGCAUCGUGACGCUUCCCCUCACUCUGGCAAAAAUAAGCAAGCAAGCAAGCCGCAACAAUUACCAUCACCAGAUCUGACAACACUGCAGUUGAAAGCUGCUUGUAGAAGAAGCUCCGCAUGCAAUCCCUUUGGUUGACGCGGACAUAGUUUCCCUUUAAAAAAAGAAAAAAAAGAGAAGAAAGUGUACAAAAAACAAAGGCCACUCACCGUGUACAUAUAGUUAGUAUCUUAACUUUUAUUCAGCGGUUUUUUUUUUUACGUUUCUUUAUCGAACCCUCGGGGAGGUGAUCUCAAAGUAGGUGUUAGCGUGCAGACUUUCCAAGCACUCGAUCACUUGCAGUAUUUACUUUCUUCUUUCCUGUUUUGUGCUCUCUCCUGGCAUUAGAGGCUGAUUGGACCGUGGACAAUCAAACCCGUGGCUGUGUGUGAUUUUUUUUUUUUUUUUUUCGUCCACUCUAUUUUUUAUCUCUCUCUCUCUCCAAUAUGCCUGCGGUGCUUUUUCGGGUGGGUGACCACGUAGCUAUUGUGUCACCGCCUGUUGCACAUGUUACAUGACGAUGAUGAUGAUGAUGCCUGGUGAUUUCUCGUACCUCACGUGCCAAAGAUGAGAAUGAGAGGUAGACGUGGAAGAAGCCUCCCCGUAGCCUUUCUCGCGGAAAUGGCAGUUUCCUUUCUUUUUUCUUUUUGCCGGACACAAAAAAUUGCGAUCUAGACUACGCAGUGUCUCGUCACAGGUUGCCACAUAACGGAAGGUUUGAGACCAGACUCCCUCUUUUAAGCCGUGCCAGAAAAAAAAAAAAAAAAAAUCAACGUUGUCCGCACUUUUGACCUCGUCCGGUCCCUCAAUUUUUAAUGACACCGGUGUUUCCUGCUGCAUUACCUCAUUCUUUUCUAACUUAAAUUGAAAAUUAAACAGUUUUCAGUAAGCAGUCGUACAGAACAAAACUGUCGAGGCGGCUACGGAUAGAACGGCGACGCGUGUCGGAGAUAAACUGGGAAAAAAAAAAAAAGGGUCUUUCAUGCCUUUCUGCCUGCUCCGUAUCUGUUCCGUUGUUGUUAAACGUGGCAAUCCUUUCUCUUAGCAUGUACAUCAAAAGACGAAGGGCAAAACUUGUAUGCAUCGACUACAAUAACAACUUUGAGUAUAUGAACCAACAACACUGAACAGCGAGCUAUGCACAUAAAAUAAAGAAAAACGGUAGACGCGCUACCUUUCCCCUGUACCACGCGCUCACGUGGGAACGAGAAAUACCCCACACUCUUUCCGCACGGCCUAGUCAAUGCCCUCCCCCCCCACACGCGCGGCGUUCACGGAUAUCCUUCUACGUUGUCAGGGGGAAAAAAAAAAACUGCCACUGAAGUCUCGAAUAUAAAAGAACCCAGGGGUUGGAUUCGACUUCGGAUGUGUCUCGGGGCCGCCAUCCAACUGAUGUGCCUUUUUUUACCUCGUACAGAAGCUUUCUCUGUUGUCUGGCAUCGGGAUGCAUCGGACGAGCCGAAUUCGUCGCUGGGUUUGGGUUAAACGGUAGAGAACGUUAACCCGCGCAAAAAAACAACAACAAAAAUUAAGCAUCCAAGCCCUCCUAAAUGGCUCGCGAUGAUUCCUGCUGUCAUCUUUUAAGUUUAUUAAUCAUGUUCUAGGUUACCUUUAAUCGUACACACACAAACGCCGUAGUUAUUAUCUCCGAGGUUGUACGUACGUCCCUCCUCCUCCUCGCAGUCAGUUUUUUUUUCUUGCUUUUUUUUUCUUCUUUUUUUCAAGUGUGUCACUGUUUGUAGUAUUUGCCAGAUGUAGCCGCCAACAUGUAUUAUACGAGCAGUUGUGGUCGCAUUUUUAAUUCUACUAGCAGUAUAUUCUAUAUAUUUAUAUAUAAUAAUAAUAAUGAUAAUAAAUGUUGAGAAAGGUGUGCACGUGAAGGUCAUAACUGUGUGUGACAGCUGAGUCUGUUCGGCGAGUGACUACACCGUUCUGUUUGUUCUAACACAAGGCUAAUUGAAGUGAUGAUGCAUUUGUGUACAAUACUUAACUACGAGAAGGGGAUAUCCAUUUGUUUUUGACCUAUACACGUGCGAAGUAUAUUACGAAGGAGCGUGUUUUUCGCACAUGUGUUUCUGUGCUUGUCUGUGUGCAUAUACCUUGUACGUGUCCACUUUUGUGGCGAACAACUCGCCACCCCUGUUUCUCUUUCUUUUUUGUCAGAUUUUCACCGGGCGCGUCGAGAACUGACAGAUUGUGAAUGCAUCUAUCUUUUCCGUUUCCUCGAUCAAUGGUGCAAGCCUCCUCAGUUUCUCUCUUUUUUUUUUAAGCGAAAGUGCCAGUGUGUCGUACUUUGUUGAGAAUGGUUUUUUGUCCCGCGCAUGUGAUGGUUGAACCUGUAUCUUUUUUUUACGUAGCUCAGGGUUUCCAAAGAUUGUGAUUCCAAGUUGUAAUUUAUUUUCUCACGCUCGCCUCUCACGGAAGAACAUCACUCUCGCUCGAAGACGAAACAGGACGAAGGAGAAACAAGGAUGUUUCGAGGAUAAUUGUGCGUCAAUUACUUUUUUUUUUUUUCCUGCGACUGUUUGCUUUGGAAAGACCACACACACAAGACACGGGUCUGUUCGUCAUGCAGUCCAGAGCUUUGUGCCGUUCCUUAAUUUUGCGUCGAAGAGGUAGAGACCGUUGGAGUCGGGAGACGACGACGAAUAUCGUGCGCAUCAUAGUGGACGGGGGAGGUGUGUACAAAAAAAGAAAAUGACGAACAAAGGGGGAGUUCCUGUGCUAGACAAAUCGAGCUGCGUUGGGGGUUGUCACUGCUAUCCAGCCCCUUUGAGAUCUUUCAUGUACUUCAUUCCAAGGACCGGCAGGUUGAUUUUUUAUCUUGACGUUCACCGUGACGGUCGAAAUGCUCGGUGCAAUUUCAAUUUUUUUUUUUUUUUCUUAAAUGUUAUCCUAAUUUGUCAUGUGCGUUUCUUGACUGGUGGAAUUGAGAAAAAAAGGAACUCUAGUACAGCCUUUCUCUUCCCCAGUGUGUGGUGUAUAAGGUGCAAUGCGAUUUUUUUUUUUUUUUUUUCCCUUACUCCAGUGUGACAUUUUCUUCAAGUGCAGCGCGUGUUGUCGGAGGCACGUCUGCCACCUCUCUGUUGUGUAAUUCUGACCCGAUUGGAGUUUGUGUUUCUGUGCGCCGUUCAUGCCGAGGCCAAGAAACGGGGGGGAGUGCGGCAGUCUGUCGACGUCUCGGAUGUUGGGCCGCAGCUCACUACGAAUCUAAGGAAAUGGGGUGGGGAAAACCGCCGGCGUUUUUUCAUAUCACAACUUGUCACUCGUCUGUCCUCUACUUGCAGAAUGGUCGAGCGAUUUUUUCUUCCCCGUGGUGGAAUUCAUUCAUAAUUUUUUUUUCGUUUCUCUCGUGUGCCCCCCCAUCGGGAAACCUGGGCUUCAACAGACUGCCUCGUCAGACGUGACACGACGUGCGUGGAGCGAGUCGAGGGAAAAAAAAAGACUGCAAAUAUCUGGAAAAAAAAAAUCACUCAAAUCUCAGGUUGUGCAAGCACAGCUACACUGUCAUCUCUCGUCUGAUAUUCCGAGGGCUUUAGUCUCCCCCCCCGUUUCUUCCCGACCUCUGAUGAAGCUGAGUGCAUAGUUUUUUUUCGUUUGUUUUUUACACGGGGGUGUUUCUGUUCCUCGUGUUUUUUUUUUAUAUUUACGUUUUGUGUCUCUCGUGGUGGUGUUUUUGUGUUGAGAGGAGCUUGCUUGUCUUUAUAUUUUCUUGUACACAAAUAGGAAAGGAGAAAAACAUUGAAAAAAAAAAAAAAGGAAAGACUGGUUUGAACCGAAUGUGAUUCAGACUCCUAGUUCAAACGUGGGGGAGAGCGUGUGGGUGACCCUCUCCUGUCUGUCGAUGGUGUCGGAAAGUGGAGAAAACUUGCUUAAAAAGGGGCCUUCUCACACAAAGAUACACACAAAAGUUGUAGAUGGUUUUAUUAUAUAUUAUAUAUAUAUAAGAUAAAGCUACAAGAGGGUGUACUUUGACGACAAAAGUACCAAAACAAUGUGAUGUGUUAAAUUUAUUGUAUUGUAAUAGCAGUCAACUUUCAGGCAUUAAAGGUUUGUGUAAUAUGUCA